UUGGGAGUCUGGAGGUUCACCGCUUCUGCUUGGGACGGGGGCUGCGCUAGUGGCCCACUUCAGCGCGCCCACUUCGGAUAAAAAUUGCUCCAAUGACCGUGACUCAGGAUCGACCGAUGACCUAUUCCAAAAUGAAGGGGAUAGUUACUUUUUUCUCAGCUCUACUCAAGGGGAAGAAGGGGGGCUUUUCUGACUUCAUUCACAAAUUAGUCUCCAGCCAGCAGCUCUGCCAGCGAUCCGAGACCCAAAAACUGCUCCGUCGUCAGGGCAGGAUGAGGAGACGGGAGGAGAAAUGUACACUGAGCUCAGCGGACCACGAAACUGCACUAAUGAAGCCAUCUGAUUUUGACUAUCUGAAACUAAUUGGAAAAGGAAGUUUUGGGAAGGUGCUUCUUGCAAGACACAGAACACAAGGAGGCUACUACGCUGUAAAAGUGCUGCAGAAGGAUUUAAUUGUGAAAAGGAGAGAGCAGAAGCACGUGAUGGUGGAGAGGAGUGUCUUAUUGAAGGGGCUGGAUCAUCCUUUUUUGGUUGGGCUUCACUUCUCGUUCCAAACACCCAACCAGCUCUACUUCGUUCUGGACUACGUCAACGGGGGCGAGCUUUUCUUCCAUCUGCAAAGAGAGGGGUCCUUUACUGAAGCGAGGUCAGCUUUCUAUGCCGCGGAGAUGGCAUCGGCUCUCGGUUACCUUCACUCAUUAAAAAUAGUUUACAGGGAUCUCAAACCAGAGAACAUCUUGCUGGACUGUGAUGGUCACGUGAUGCUGACAGACUUUGGGCUAUGUAAAGAAGGGGUAGCGGUUGGAGGCAUCAUGCACACAUUCUGUGGUACUCCAGAGUACCUAGCUCCCGAGGUGCUCCUGGGGCAGCCCUACAGCCCGGCCGUGGACUGGUGGAGCCUGGGCAGUGUCCUGUUUGAGAUGCUCUUCAGCCUUCCUCCAUUUUACAGUCAGAACAAAGUCGAGAUGUUUGAAAACAUUCUCUACGCUCCUCUGAAGGUUCCCAGUGGAGCCUCUGAAUCCGCUCGCUCUCUGUUAGAAGGACUGUUGAACCGAGAUGUGACCACGCGACUAGGAGUUAGUUCUGACGUGACUGAACUCCAGGAGCACCCUUUCUUUGCAGCCAUUAACUGGGACGAUCUUUUAGCCAAGAAGAUAACACCUCCAUUCAUUCCAAAUGUGUCUGGCCCAUGUGACCUCUGCUACAUCGAUCCAGAGUUUACAUUACAGCCUGUGCCUGCAUCCAUCGGUGUCAAUGGAAGGACACAGCCAGGGGGCGCCAGUGAGGUCUUCCCUGGAUUCUCAUACAUGAACCCAACAGAGAUGGUUUCAUAAAAUCAUCAAGUCCUGUUUGUUUUUUUAUUUAUUAAUUUAUUAUACUGUACUUUUAACGAAAAAUAUGACCUAUGACUGAAUAACUGAACAAGACUGUUUUUUUAUUCUUUGUAUUUUUUUUGCUAAUUUACAUGAACAUUUUUAGAAACUUGUGCAAUAUUUUUGUUAUUUAACUUUAACUUUACUUAACACAAUAAACAAUGCUUAUAUUUUUUA